AUAUAACUUUAAAGUGUCUUGUGCUGGAAUGUAUUAAACAUUUAUGAUACUAUUUACAUAGGACUAUGUUUAUUUGGGUGCGUCAAUUCCAUUUCUUAUCGCGACCGUAUGUGUAAGAUACAUCAGAUAAACUGUUUCAAUGUGAUUUAUACCUACUUCUAUAUGACACCUGCAUUGUGAAGAUUUUGAGGGAAUAAUACAUUAUCAGCUACCGUCAUAAUUGUGCCAUCGAAUAACGAAAUUUCAAUCAAGGAAGUGAAUUAAUUGUCAGUGAGAUCAUCGGGCGGGUGGCUUAAAGCUUGUCAGGAUGUAUGGCAGAUUUAAGGAUCAGCAACGGAGGGCAUCAAUGGAGGUCACUGCCUCCGAGACUGCCGGGAAGGUGGCUAAAGAGUUUCUAGACGGCCUCCGGAAGAAGCAGGACCCUGGGCGCGCAGCCGCGUGCCUUGGGCGCACGAGCAAAGAUGACGUCAUGAGGUGGGUGGAUGAUCAUGACCUUGACCUGAUGCACCACGUGAUAAUCCUCAACAUCGGCGAGGCUGUGGAGUAUCUCUUGAAGCAUGGAUAUUUUCAAGCGCCGUUCGAACCUCGGACGAACCUGUACGCACAUUUGGCAUGUUACCUUGGCCACCGCACGUGCCUCAACAUCCUCCUGCAGUACCGGAAAGACGAUAACCGUCCCUCAAAGAAACUCACAUACAAUCAAAACGGAAAUGGUGCCACCGAGCGCCGACGAGAGGUGACGCCACUGGAAGUGGCUGCGGAGGCCGGACACUUGAGUUGCGUGAAGCAAGUCCUGGACCAAUGCGUCAUCAAGGAACAUCCAGAGUUCGCAAAGUACCCGUAUGUGGCGCUCGCCUGCAUACCACAGUCGCAGAUCGCUGUUGACCUAAUUUUGCGCAAGGACAAACCGAAAGCAGACGACAUCAAACUCGCGAUUGAAGUAUCGCUGAAAAAAGCGAGCGCGAUGUGCUUGGAACUUCUGCUCCAGCAGAAAGUUAAAACAGACGACAUGUUUGGAAAACGGAACUUCUUCCAUAUGUUGUACAGUUUUAGCAAUAUGUCGCAGUUUGGGACAGACGGAUAUCGGCGGUUACCGGAAGUGACGCGGAUUUUGAUUAAGUACAAAUAUGACGUCAAGCGUGCGUCACCACCGAACACAUAUCCAAUGUACAGUCUGAUCAAGAAUUCAGUUUGUAUACAUGACUAUGUGAACACAAGGCAUUACGUCUUUUGUUUGCGCAUGCUCGUUGAGGCUGGGGCGGACCCAAAUUUUGACGAAACUCAACACGAAAAGAAACUCAACAUGAAAGGAAUCAAGUCGGAGCACGGUCGUAUGUCGUACAGCUCAGCUAUGCAUUGCUUAUUGGAAACAAUUGAGUGCUUUUCCGAGUACCUUGAAUCGAAAUCAUUAGCAGUGCGGUUCAUUACUCAAAUGGCGGAAUGUCUGAUUCAAGCGAACGCUCGCCUUAAUGGGGAGGGGCGAUUGGGGGGUCGGGAUUGCGAUCGAUACGGUACAGUGCUACACCAAUUCGCCAAAUCUAGCGUCAAACUUGGCGUAGAUACUGACAUUUUUAAGUACCUGUUACGUCAAGGCGCCGAUCCAAACGCGCGUGAAAAGAACGGAAAAUACGUCAUCAAUACGUUCAUCGAUACGUUAUUUGAUAGUCUGAAGGAAUUGACUUACAGAGAGCACCCGCCUGACCACACCGACAAUGUGGAAAUCAUGUUGUCAUUGUCGCUGUUCAUGACUCGCGCAUGCGUGAUGGAGACGUUGAAGAUAGUGAAGAAAGAUUAUUCAAGAAGCACGCCCCAACAUCUCAAGAAGUAUUACGACAUGGCGGUGAAAUCAUUGGACGAACGAGUAAAAGAGGUCUGGCCCCUUAAACGGAUAUGUAGGGUCCUCAUUUGGGAUUUGUGUAAUAGGGACGCCAGCAAAGUGAAGUCCCUACCAACCGACAUUGAAUCUAGAACGUACAUUCUACCAAGUAUAUGAAAACGUGUAUAGAUAUCACCGACCAAUGAAUUAGUGUUGUUCCGUCCAUAGACCAAACUUUUCAAAUGUGAUGUUAUUUGUUAUCAUAUUUUAUAUUAGAUAAUAAAUAUACAUGUCAAGGACUCCUUUAUCAUUAACAAUAAAACACAAGUUGGUCAUCAAGGCACCGUAUCGUUCACCUGUGUACCAUGGCUUUAACAAAGCUUUCAGUAUUGUAAAAAGAAUACUUCUUUUUUAUCUCCUUUAAAGUGACUCGCAAGUUUAUUUUAGAUUUGUACAAAUCAAGUUAUUUUAAGUUUUUUAUGAAUAAACAAACA